AUGUCGGAUUUGAUUGUGAUGGCGAAGGAACUGUUUAAGUCGCAGCCUAUGAUGUUGGAGUGCACGCCGCCUCUAAUCAUCUGCGGUGACAUACAUGGCCAAUUUAGUGAUCUGAUUCGAAUAUUCAACAUGAUGGGAUGGCCUCCAAAAGUUAACUACCUGUUUCUCGGUGACUACGUCGAUCGUGGGCGAUGGAGUCUGGAAACUAUUCUGCUACUAUUUGCUCUGAAGCUGAAGUUUCCUGAAAACUUUCUUCUUCUUCGUGGCAACCAUGAGACUCCGAUCGUCAACAGAAUCUAUGGCUUCUAUGAAGAUCUUAUACGCCGCUUCGGUACACCUCGUCUCUAUAACACCUUCCAGGUAAAAGUAACCAUUCUAGGAAGUGGACUUUCGUUUGCCUUCGAGGAGCGCUUAUCCAGACGAGAUAAGAGAGAUCAUGCAAACUUCUGCCGCAGAGAGUCAAGAGAUUGGCUCAGUCUACUAGAGCGAAUUUGGGAACCUCAAGCGGCUCAAACAGUUCUGGGUAGCAGUUCGGGAAGCGGGGAAGAUAAGCAGAACAGGACGGCAACAGAAAUGAUCCUAAUUUAUCAGAAUCGCAGAUGGUGUGCCUACAUGGCCAAAUUUUUCCACACCAAAAAAGGAUGA